AUGAGCGGGGAGGGGAACCGCCAGAAUGACAAGGACGACAGUGCGACCGCGCACAUCGAGGCACACGCGCCCGCGCCGGCAGCCGCAUCCAACGGCCUCCGCCCGCGGACCGCCACGGGCGGGAGCAUUAUAGACACGACGCUGAGCCAUCCGGGCUCGGUGCGCAUCAACGUCAAAGGCGCCUUUAUUGUCGACCUCGAGAGCACCGCCUCGAAUGGCCGCACCGGCUCCCCGCACAACCACGAAACCAGAGACAUCCGCCUGCCCAACCACACGGCCGUCGUCAGCCAUAUUGCAAUUGAUAUCGGCGGCUCUUUGGCCAAGCUCGUUUACUUCUCGCGCGAAGCGCACUCGACCGAGCCCGGCGGGCGUCUCAACUUUGUCAACUUCGAGACGGACCACAUCAGCGAGUGCCUCGAGUUCAUGCGCCAGCUGAAGCGCAAGUACAAGAAAUCUAACGGAUCCAGCCCCGCCGAGCUGUGCGUCAUGGCCACCGGCGGCGGCGCCUUCAAGUACUACGACAUGAUCCGCGACGUGCUGGGCAUCGACGUGCUGCGCGAGGACGAGAUGGAGUGCCUGAUCAUCGGCCUCGACUUCUUCAUAACCGAGAUCCCCGGCGAGGUCUUUACCUACUCCGAGGCCGACCCCAUGCACUUUGUCACCCCCGCUGACAAGGUCUACCCCUACCUGCUAGUGAACAUUGGCUCGGGCGUGUCGUUUCUCAAGGUGUCGGGCCCGCGCGAGUACCAGCGCGUCGGCGGCACCUCGCUCGGCGGCGGCACGCUCUGGGGUCUGCUCAGCCUGCUCACGGGCGCGCGCACCUUUGACGAGAUGCUCGACCUGGCUUCGCGAGGCGACAACAGCAAGGUGGACAUGCUCGUCGGCGACAUCUACGGCACCGACUACGGCAAGAUCGGGCUCAAGAGCACCACCAUUGCCAGCUCGUUCGGCAAGGUCUUCCGCAAGAAGCGCCAGGCCGAGAACGAAGCCGAGGACAGCGGCGGGCUGGGGCACUAUCAGCACCACAGCCACAACGACCACGACGACGACCACCAGCCACUAUCCCCCUCGGAUGCCGCUAUUACUAAUUCCUUCUCAUCCCUGCCAGACCAAGGGAAAAGCAACGGCGGCAGCAGCAGGGACCCUCCGUUCUCGGGCGCCGACAUCUCGCGGUCGCUGCUGUACGCCAUCAGCAACAACAUUGGGCAGAUUGCGUUCCUGCAGAGCCAGAUCCACGGGCUGUCGCACAUCUACUUUGGCGGGUCCUUCAUCCGCGGCCACCCGCAGACUAUGAACACGCUCAGCUACGCCAUCAAGUUCUGGAGCAAGGGCGCCAAGCAGGCGUACUUUUUGCGGCACGAGGGCUACCUGGGCGCCGUCGGCGCGUUUCUCAAGCGCCAGCCGCGCAACUGGGGCCGUAGGGGCAGCUUCGAGGAGGCGGCGCUCGAGGAACGCAUGCGCGCCCGCGCUAGCAUCGGUGCCAAGGCUGCAGAGCAGCCUGAGGACGCAUCUGCGACGGGGUCGGGGCCGGGGACAGGGCUGGCGAGAGCAAGUAGCGAUGCUGCCAUUGCCUAA